GAACUAUAAAAUGGUGGUUUUCUUGAGUCAAAAUGAGAGUACCCCUAAACAUUUUUUAAAGGAAAAAAAGCACUGCCUAGCGCAUCGCAUGAAGAGUCUCUCCAGUCUUGAGUGGAUACUAACUGAACAGCUACCAGAAGGUAAAUGAAGAAGAUCUGCUUUACCUUUGUCAAAAACAGGCAAAAUAUGUCAUCUAGGACCCAGGAUUUCAUUUUUACCUGUGAGCAUGCUGAUUUCUGUAAUCACGUGUGGCAGCCAUUUAUGGAAGAUCAGUUUUCAAUUUGACAAAAUGCUUAAACCUGUUUCGGGUGGUUUUGUUGUUUUAGAGUUUGUCAAUUUGAUCUAUUGUUCUCAGAGUGUUUCUGCGCUGUAUUUUUCUUUCACCUGUGCACCACAUGGUUGGUUUUAUGCUACUGAAGCAGACUUUAAACUCGUUGAGCUAAUAAGUAAGAUGGACCAGUGCUAUGACUUGGUAUAAGCGGAGCAUCCCAGGCAGUGGCGGAGCAAGCCAAUCAGGCGCCUGUGGCAGUGUGCGUGCCCUGCGCCCAGGGGCGGGGCCAGCCACCAGUGGGGUGGGGCCAGCCGGGGUAGGAAGCUCCGCGAGGCCCCUGAGGAGUCUGCCUGCCUCCUCCCACUCAUCUACCUGACAGCUGGGGGGGGCGGCUAGUGGACCAUUUGGGGCAGCGAGGAGUCUGCCUGGCACCCAAGCCACCCUGUCACUCCCAGGAAAGACGCGUGGCUCGGGCGUGCUGCAAGCCCCGUGGUGAGCGCCACCAGGCAUUUUGUCACCCCCCUCAGUGGUGACACCCGGGGCAUACCACCCCCACCACACCCCCUUCCUCCGCCCCUGACCCUAGGUUCCUAAAGUGUUAGCAGCUUUAACAAUUCAAAGAGGGAGCAGACUCUAUUCUCUUUGCAGCGAGCCCUGUCCCCUAUCUCUAAUUGUGUGGGAAUUAAGCCACGUGGCCUGCUGAUAAGGCCAUGGACAUUUUUAACCAGAGCAGACCCAGGCUAGGUCCCCUUUCUCCUCUUCCAUGGUGUCUGCAACAUCCUGGAAGGCCAGAAUGAGAGCUCUGUGGCUGCUUGUCCUGACAGGUUUAACGUGCCUUCCUCUUUCUACUGCAGAAGGUGGCAUUGGCCCAUCAGAGAAGAAACCAAAGAAAGCCAAACUGUCCCAAAUCAAGGAGGAGGACAAUGUUCUGGUCCUGAAAAAGAGCAACUUUGACAGGGCUCUGAAUGGAACACAGUACCUGCUGGUGGAGUUCUGUAAGUACUUCUUCUUCCAAAAGAGAUAUUACUAUCUAUCUAUCUAUCUAUCUAUCUAUCUAUCUAUCUAUCUAUCAUCUAUCUAUCAUCUAUCUAUCUCUAUCAUCUAUCUAUCUAUCUAUCUAUCUAUCUAUCUAUCUAUCAUCUAUCUAUCUAUCUAUCUAUCUAUCUAUCUAUCUAUCAUCUAUCUAUCUAUCUAUCUAUCUAUCUAUCUAUCUAUCAUCUAUCUAUCUAUCUAUCUAUCUUCUAUCUAUCAUCACUACAUUUCUAUUUCCUCUUUCCUCCAAGGAGCUCAAGGUGCCAUACGUGGUUCUGUUCCUCUCCAUUUUGGCCUCACAACACCCCUGUGAGGUAGGUUAGGCUGAUAGACUGUGACUGGCCCAAGGUCAGUCAGUGAGUUUCAUGGAUGAGCGGGGGUUUGAACCUCAGUCUAACCACUAGGCCACACUGGCUGAUGAGCUAAUCUUCACAAAAUGGGCACUUUAAACCUGAACGUCUAACAGUGCCGGGGAUGUAGGGAAAAUUUUAUUCAGCUCUCAUUUAAAGGUGAAUCUGCCUAAUUUGUACUUUCGGGGGGAGGGGAGUACAAGAACCGAAACACAGCCAUCGUGCGAAAUUUGCACUUUUCUGAAUUUUGUGGCACAGUUCGUCAGGCAACUCAUAUAUACAAGAGCAUAUAUUAGUGCAAAGUGUACCUAAAGAUGCUUACAUUCAUGCUAACAACAUGCAAAAAUGUGUGAUAUUAGGGGAAGUCACUCUACAAAAAUGUAGAUAUUAGGCAAAAUUGUGUAUAAGGAGAAAUUAGCACUAAAAUGCUAGUGAAUUUUCAUAAAUAUCACACACACACCGAUGUGGAAAUGUGAAGCAAACUUAAGAAUGGAAAAAUGAGAAAACAAGGGAAACAGAAAUCAACGUAUUUGCCUCGUGGCACCUUAAACUAACUGUGCAAUCCUUACAAUGUCUGCUCAGAAGCAAAAUAAGUCCAAUUGAAUCAGCAAGAAUUACUUCCUAUGUUGUCCAGAAAGGAAUGCUUCCCUUGGGGUGAAAAGGUCUCCCCAACUCUUAUUUAUUCCACCCUUUCCAUGUGCUCUUUGAGCUGGGGUAUCUAAAGGCCAACUAGCCCACUUGCCAAGCCAAAUUUAGGACUUCUAAAUCUCCCCCACUCCUAACUAAUAUAGAAACUGAAGCCAAUGAUCUGCUUCAAGAAAAGAAGAAGCAUAUUAUAUGAGAAUCUAGAUGCUGUGAAAGAAAGUCAAGGCGCCGUGCCCUUAUUUUCUCGCUGCAUAAUGUAUACCAGCUCAUGGUGUGUUCCUGCUGUUGACUUUUCAGUUUAGUCCACUGGUAUAAAAAUAUGCCAAGGUUGAUUUUGGCUUUGAUCUAGCAAUAGUUGUAGUCACUUAUUAACUUUUUAGCAAACUGAAAAAUCAAUGCAAAUAAUGAACAUCCAUUAUUAGCGCAGAACGAUUUUGUGGAUAUAUGUUUUGCUAAAACAUAUACAGAAGAAUUAUGUAUAUGUAUAUGUAUUCUGUAUAUUUAUUCUUCUGUAUAUACAGAAGAAUUCUGUUUGAAGUUUUGAAAAUGGGACUUUGGGGCAGCAAGUGAACUUGUCGAUUCUGUUUUUGGUUUUUUCUGUUUCCCUUUUUUCCAGUUCUCCAUAUUUCUAGGUUUGUGAUUAUUAUUAUUUUAAGUCUUCAUGGAUUCCCAUUAGCAUUUCAGAACAUUUCCUCCCUAAUAUACAGAGUUCUGAAUGCAGUUUUUCCAGAAGUAAAAAAAAAUGCAAGUAAUUUCCACUGAUAUAAUGCAUUUUAAUACGUUGUUUUCAUGAAUAUAUGCAUUUCUAUGCACAUUGCUUGGCUCGGAAAACAGCAUCGAAAAACACGAAGUGCGAAUUUUAAAGGAUAAUUGUGUUUUGGUUUGCAUAUUGCUUUGGAAAGUGGUAGAUUCACGUUACAAUUUGAACAGAACUGAAUUUCUUUCCUCUCCCUGGAGACCAGUCAUACAUGCCUUUCUUACAAAAAAUAAACAAAGAUAUAGGAGGUGAAUAUGGUAUUGUGUGUUUUCUAUGCGGUGGAGGGGGGAGACACACAUUUUGAAUGUAAAAUGUGUUAUUGUGUGUGAGUCACUGAAUUUCUUGGAAGAGGCUUAUUCAUGCAGCUUACUCUUUGACCUUCUUAUGUAACAGUGGGGGGGAUGCAUAUUUUUUCUUCCGACAAAGAAAAGUAUGUUCAUUAGAAUUAUGACACUCUGGAGGAUCAAAAAUUUGUUAUCUAGAAUGGGGUGGGGAAGGACUCUCCCCAUUCCCUCCAUUUCCAGGGGUCAUCUAGGGACUUUCUGCAAGCUCCCUACCUACCCCUGUGCUGUGACCCUUUCCCUAUAACAGAAGCACUGAUGGGCACUGAGCAAACCCCCAAAAUAGCAUAUUGCACAGUGCCAACAGCUGUCUGCAUUUUUAUUUUUAUUUUUUUUGUAAUUUGAGAGUGAGGGCUGGUUGUCAGCACACACACACACACACACACACACACACACACACACACAAAACUUUGGCUUGUAUCUACCAAAGUUCUACUCAGAGUAAACCCAUUAGAAUCAAUGUCCCUAAGUUCCAGUGCUUUUUUUCCUGGGUACACAGUACUGGCAACUUUCCCUCCCACCAAAUGUUAAAAGUGUGGGACUUACAUCACAACUUCAUGGUGAAUGCCGGCACCUUUUCUUCAAAAGAAGAAGCACUGAUCACAUCCAUUAAUUUCUCCCCUGAGUAGGACUAGAGUUGGAUACGGACAUUUGUUCACAGGGCAGGCAAAAACAGAGUGCCCCAACCCCUCCUCUAAAAUAUUUAAGCCUUUUUAGUACUCACCAGUCCUCAGGAGUUGCGGAGUGGGUGGAUGUCUUGACUGUCUCGCUAUGACUGCUGCGUCCCUGGUUCCCCUCUGCAGAUCCUUUUCUGUGUCCCGUGCCUGGGUUGUUGUUUUCAGGCAAAAGUGAAAGCUUGCUCGCAGCUGUAGCCUGAAUUGCCUGGCCCGACUGUCAUACAAUCUGUGCAGCAGUGGUGGGACAAAGUCCAGCCUUGGCUUGGAGCGGUGCCCUCGAUGCUCACAUCUGCUGUGUGUAGUGAGGGGUACCCCAUUCCUUCCUUUCUUUACUUAUCGUUAGUGGUGGCUGCUGUCUAUCGAGACUGGUAAGGCAGAAGACUGGAAGACCAGCAGUGGGUGGAGGCCGAGGCAAUGACAAGCAAGAAGUCAGUAAGAAAAAUGGCAUGUAGGGGUUGGCCGAAGGCAGUCUGAGAUUGAUGGGGCCGUGCAAAAUUUGCCUGAAUAGGUCAGCCUCCACUGCUUAGAAACUGCUUCCCCUCUGCAUUGGAGACCCCCAAAGCAGCAGCAGCAGCUAUUAUUAUUAUUAGUUUAUUAUUAUCAUUAGUUUAUUUAUUCCUCAAGGAGCUCAGGGUGCAGCAAGAUAAGCUUUCAUCAUGUGACGGGGCAGGGAACCUCGGGCCAAAGGUCUGAAUGCAGCCCUCUAUCAGGCCCUUAAGACUCUGUCCAGACCACGCCCCAGGGGCCACGCCCUUCACUGGCUUAGCUAUGUGCCCUGAUCCAGUGAUUUCGCUAGGCUGGUAUGUGUCCUCAAAUGGUGAUAAAACCUCUUGCUUGCCUGGAUAGAGGUUGGAAAGUUGUGCAUGUCUGACUACACCGAUUUUUCCCAUGGCCACCACAAGUAUGUGGCCACCGGAAUGAGGAAAUGUGGCCCUCAGGCUGAAAAAGUUCCCCAUCCAUAUUGUUUCCUAAUGAUGCACCACUUUACCCCGCUGAAUUAUAUGCUUAGGAAUUAUUAUUAUUAUUAUUAUUAUUAUUAUUAUUAUUAUUAUUAUAUUUUGAUCCAACCCUACCUGCAGGGCUCUCAGAGCAGCAUACAUGGUUCUUCCCCUGGUGUUAUCCUCACAACGACCCUGUGAGGUAGGUUAGGUUGAGAGAUUAGUGACUGGCCCAAGGCCACCCAGUGAGUCUCAUGGCUGAGUGGGUGAUCUGAACCUGGGUCUCUCUGACCAUAGGUUCAACACAUUAAACUUACAGCCGCAUUCCCUUAUGCAGUCGGGUACGUUGAAAGAUUUCCAACGCUCAGCCGCGUUGAGGCUGGGAUCAGCGUCCAUAGCAUUGCAGACCCGCAGGAACAUAAGACUCAUGUACUUGGCCUUGAGGCAGCGAGCUACGCCUUGGUGGAGAGGCUGGAUGACGGAGGUGGCACUAUGGGGCAGCAAGACAACUUCAACGUUGUUAUGAGCAAACCGGACUCCCUCGGGGUGGCCGGGAGCAUCAUCAACAAUCAGCAACACCUUAAAGUCGAUUCCUUUCUCUUCGAGGUACUGCUUGACCUCUGGAAUGAAGCAUCGGUGGAACCAAUCCAGGAAUAUUGCUGCCAUCACCCAAGCCUUUUUGCUCGAUUACCAGAACACAGGCAGGAGGUGUUUGCCCUUGCCUUUUAGGGCAUGAGGAUCUGCAGACCCACAGAGCAAGCCGGGCUUUGUUAAAUGCCCGGCCACGUUGCAACAAAACAACAUCACAUGGUCUUGGGCCACCUGUCUUUCUACUUUCGAAAUGUACGUGCGGCUGGGCAUUUUCUUCCAGAAGAGCCCCAUCUCGCCAGUUCGGGGAGAUAUCCCUUUUCUUCUAUCAGUUUCUUUAACUGUUUGGAGUAGGGUUUUGCCCAUUGUUUAUUGGCGGGCGCAGCCUCACCAGGGCUGUGCCCGUUUUUCAGGUUGAAGCUGUUGAGCCAGCCUUGGCUGGCUUUGAACUCCUUCUCAUCACACGGCCUCCCCUCUUUGAUAAGAGGUUUGAACAGAACAUACAGGUCAAGAGCUUUUUCUCACAUCAUGUUGCCAUCGAUGGGAACGCCUUGGCCAUUCAUAUCUUCCAGGCACAAGUACAACCCCUUUUCCGCCUUCUCCAAAGUCUGAUCAUGAACUUGGCUCGUCACCUUAGCCAUUAUGGGAGCAUCUGAGGAUUUCCCAAACUUGGGUCUCCAGCUGUUUUUGGACUACAGUUUCCAUCAUCCCUGACCGCUGGUCCUGCUAGCUAGGAAUGAUGGGAGUUGUAGUCCCAAAACAACUGGAGACCCCAAUUUGGGAAACUCUGCUCUAAAUGCCACAUCACACUGACUCUGUGUCAAAGUGGGAGCCAACUGCUAUUCAUGCCAGCUUCUGCAUGUUGCCAUUCGCCCUAAGAAGCAAAAUAGAUUGGGCAAAAUAGAUUGGGCUGCCCUGGUUGGGACUCCACUCACAAAUUGCCCUAAGAUCCAUGAUUCUUGAAUAUCCCCAUUCCCAAAUGUGGUUACAUAAAAGCCUAACAGGCAAGGAUCAAAAGUCUUCUGUUUGAGUUCUCUUCUCUAUCGAAUGCCAUAGAAGACAUUAGAUGAAAUAAUUAAUGUUCCAAGGAGGCUGCUGGGUAUUAUUUCAAGGCGGCUGAUGGCUGUGGCAGGCUAGAGGAUGAUUAAUGGAGGUCUCCUGGUAAUUAUGAUGAAAAUAAAUGUUUCGGGGAUUUGCAACUGAUCGGCAAGUUAAGAUGAACAGAUUAAAACCUUCUAGCCGUUUAUCAAAAGUCUAAUGAAAGUGACUGUCCCAUGCUGGUUUUGGAUGGGACGGUUACAUAAUACGGUGUCUUGAGGAAUAAAUACAGGAAAGUUAUUUAUUUCUGCAUUCAGAUGGCUGUAAUGAGCCAUAACUUUCUAUGCUACCUCAGCCUUCUCCCCCGCUGUUGCAGAGGAUGCUGUGACCAUUGGUCAUGCUGGCUGGGCUAAUGGGAACUGGAGGCCAGUAAAAUCUAGAGGGGCUUGGUUGGAAGGGGUCUUUUAUUUUAAUGGCUGUCUCCUCUCAAGGUCGGUUUAAAGAGGAGAGGAGGGGCUCUGUGGUUAACAGAACUCCUCUGCAUCUGAGUCCAGCAUUCGCUCUCUCCUGUUCAUCAACCCAAGAACUGGAAUACAGAGUUGAUGCCUGGGUGUCCUCACCUGGGACCCAGGUGGGUGUUGUGGGCCAGGAAGUACAGUCAUACCUUGGGUUACAGCCACUUCAGGUUGCGUUUUUUCAGGUUACAGACCGCCGAAACCUGGAAGUACCGGAAUGGGUUACUUCUGGGUUUCGGCGGUCACGCAUGCACAAAAGCGCUAAAUCACGCUUUGCACAUGCGCAGAAGCGCCAAAUAGCAACCCGUGCAUGCGCAGACGCGGGUUGUGAACACUGUGGGUUGCGAACUUGCAUCUUGCAUGGAUCACGUUCGCAACCCAAGUGUCCACUGUAUGUCAGAAUCCACAGUGCACAAACCCCUAUGCAAUUACAUCCUCUGUCACAGAACAUGUUUCUGAUACACAACUGAGCACGGCCUGCUACGUGCAUGAACACAUUCUUACCGUCACAACCACAACAUAUCUUUGCCACUGCCCUGUACUGGAAAUGUGUUGGUAAGAAAGCCAUCUCUCCCCUGCCUGCUUAUUUUGCAAGGAAUUCAGUGCUGCCUUGGCCUUGAAUCUCUGACAGCUUGCUAUUUAGUUUUAACAAAAAGCAGAUACCUAGCUAAACAGAGAUUUUUAAUGCAUUUGUUUUACACACUUGAUGUAACAUUCGUUAAAUCCCAAAGCCAGAGAUGUCCAGUAUCAAUCAGAUCAUCUCUGUCAACUGAGUCAAUUAAGGAUUGAGGCCCCUUUAUGUUUUCACACUGUUGAGUCAGAAUCACAGAGUUGGAAGUUUAAGCAUUUUCUCCUUGUACCCCCCCCCUGCAAAUAGAAGAUGCAUUUUUGUGUUUUCGCUAACAGUCAGGGCCUCUCUUAUCAGCUCUGCAUAGCAGAAUGAAACUGGCCUUCAACUUCAAAGCCAGGACAACAAUAAAUUUUCCUGAUCCAGACAAGUCUUCAUGUAAGAGAUAGCAGAAAAGCAACAUUUUGUAUGGGACAGAAGAAUAGUGAAUUUAUAAGCUUUGAUUAGUAAAACUUUAACAGUAAGAGCUGUUAGACAGAGGAACAGUCUCUCUUGGGAAGCUGUGGACUCUCCUUCUGUGAAGGUUUUUAAGCAGAUGGCCAUCUGUUGUGGAUGCUUCAGCUGAGAUUUCUGCAUUGCAUGGGGUUGGACUAGAUGCCCCUUGGGUUUUUUCAAACUCUAAGACUAAAUUAAAGAUACCUAUUGCCAUAGUAAUUAGGAGCAAGCUGCUCUGACCAAUGAAAUUAGUUUUAGGGGUCUGUUAUCCAAUCAUAUUGCUGAAAGGGAUCGCUCAUGGGCUAAUCAUGUAAAGAGAAUGUUUUAAAAGUGCCUUGAAUUUUGUAUCCGGCAUCCAGAAUUUGGAGAAUUCCUCUAGAUCAUUUAUUCUUAUUGUAGUCUUAUUGGAACGUGUCCAGAGGAGGGCAACCAAAAUGGUCAAAGGCCUGGAAACGAUGCCUUAUGAGGAACGGCUAAGGGAGCUGGGCAUGUUUAGCCUGGAGAAGAGGAGGUUAAGGGGUGAUAUGAUAGCCAUGUUCAAAUAUAUAAAAGGAUGUCAUAUACAGGAGGGAGAAAGGUUGUUUUCUGCUGCUCCAGAGAAGCAGACACGGAGCAAUGGAUCCAAACUACAAGAAAGAAGAUUCCACCUAAACAUUAGGAAGAACUUCCUGACAGUAAGAGCUGUUCGACAGUGGAAUUUAUGCCAAGGAGUGUGGUGGAGUCUCCUUCUUUGGAGGUCUUUAAGCAGAGGCUUGUUACGGUAAAAUCUGGGUGCGGGGUUACUCUGCCACCCAGCUCGUCGGACUGAGUCCGCGGGUCCCUGCGGGAGAAAAUGAGCUCAGCCGGAGACGGGAGCAAGUUCCAGGAAAUCCAAGUUUAUUGCGCAACAGGUUCAAGAUGAAAUUGAACCCCGAGUAAGGGGUGACAGGAGUUUUGAAACUUCCUCCAUGUCCCAUAAUACAGUGCGAAACGCGUCAUGAAUACAUUACAAAGAGGUUGGGUUACAUGGGUGAUAUCACAGAGAGGUUGGGUUACACGGAUUAGCAUAGAGGACAGGGAGGAGGGAAUAUGCAGAGCUGAAGAUAUGCAUAGAUAAGCACUUCCUGAGUACCGGUGAUGAGAAGACAAUGGUCCGAAUAUGUAAAGUCUGCCACCUGGUAUUGCCCGGAGGUAGGGCUGGGCGAGGUGAUCUGACCAGAUUAAGGUCUUCCUGAGUACGUGACUCCUCGCUCGAGGGAUUAUGGAGUCCUGGAAAGGCUGAGUCGAUUGACACCAGAACCAAGGAAAUCGGAGAAGGGGUUGAUUUUAUAUGAAUUUAAGAAGUUUUCAGUCUAUUUCGUCCAUUCUUACAAUAAUAAUAGAAAACGGAAACAAACUAGAUACAUUUGACAGUUUUACGAGCUAAACUGGAUACAUUGUAACAAGGUUUGACAGUUUUACGAGGUUACGAGUUUCGAUUCCAUUGUUCUCUCAGCGGGAGCUGUCAGCAGCUUGUCAAGAGGUUAAAUGAGGCGUGCAGAGGCUCGCUGAGCUGGUUCUGCAGAGCAGAUGCACGUACCUGAUUGGUCAAGACGCGGCCAUUGGAACAAACGGGGAUGUAUUUUGACACGGUCGACUCAUAAUAAAGAUGGAGCGAGAGAAGGGAUAGGGGCUUGGGAGUUUUGGGCUUAUUUCGCCCGUGGAAAAGGGGAAAAGGGUUGUGUGUGGUGCUUGUGCGACAGUGAAGAGGCUGGGGAAGGGGUGCAUAGUGUAGUGGGCGCUCUUGAGGUCAUCGUUUCGGACGUGGGAGGGUGGACCCCCCCCCCCGUUUACCGUAUCAGGCUUGACAACCAUAUGUCAGGAGUGCUCUGAUGGUGUUUCCUGCUUGGCAGGGGGUUGGACUCGAUGGCCCUUGUGGUCUAUUCCAACUCUAUGAUUCUAUGAUUCUAGUCUGCAAUAAAUCUGAACUCUUUCCAUGACGCUGCUGUCUUUAUUUGGCUAAAGAGGACCAGUGUCAUUUCCAGACCCCCUUUGUAGGGUAACAGAAUCACUCUGGCUCUUGAACUGGAGGUAAUCUUGUCAUUGUGACUACUACUAGCCAAACCUUUCCUCGCCAAAAGGGCAUGCUGUGAUCUGCCAGGGAAAAUUUGGAAUUUUAAAGCUCGUUUUACGUUGUACUUUAUUUGGGCCUGAGCUAAACCUCUGUGGAUGUUGCUUUGUGUUACUUUCAUUCAUUUUGUAAUGGUUGGAUAACCUGAUACAAGUAAGCAAUUCUGGAUCUUAUAGCUUUGUUGCCCGCGAAUUUGCCUAAUCCUCUUCAAAGCCAUCCAGAUUAGUGGCCAUCCCCAGCGGCGUAGCGUGGGUUGUCAGCACCCGGGGCAAGGCAAGUAAUUUGCGCCCCCCUAACCCGGGGCAAGGCAAGCAAUUUGCGCCCCCUAACCCCUAACCUGCCGCCACUGCCAGCUUCUUCUUGCUGCUGCCUGGUCUGGUGUGGUUCUCUCCCGCGCUCAGCGCUGCGCUGGGCGGCCGCUGCACUGUCCCUCCCCCAGAUAGCCCCUCGCUCUCUCUCCGCACCACACGCCUGGCACCCACCCCCUCCACAGUGGGCAGCGACCCAGCGGCUUGGAUCGGAUUCGCACAGCCAGCACUGCAGUGAGAGAGAGUGAGUGAGCCAGGUAGGGGCAGAGAGCUGCGAGUGCGAGCGCGCGCCCCCCAGAUGUUGCGCCCGGUGCGGCCGGCCCCCCCUGCACCCCCCACACUACGCCACUGGCCAUCCCUACUCCUUGUGGGAGGGAUUUCCAUAGGUUAACUUCCUAUGAAAAAGCAUUUCCUUUUGUCUGUCCUGAAUCUCCCAACAAUCAAUUUCAUUGGAACAUCCCUGCUACAGUACAUAGUAAUUGAAGUCUUGUUGCAUCACAGAAGUUUCCCAUCCUUAGCUACUGCAUGUAAUCCUUAGCUACAUGCCAUGUAAUGUUUGUGUUGUAUUUGUGGGAGAUCAGUCUUUUAGUUCUGCAGCUCCUUUCCUCUGGAACUCCCUGCCUUCUGAUAUUAGGCAGAGCCUUCAUUGCACUGUUUUCGAUAGCCACUAAAAACUUUUUAAAGGCAAACCUACCCAGACACCUGAUUUUAUUGUGUACAUUUUUUUAAUGUUGAUGUUAUCUGUGAUACGUUUAAUACAUCUACUGCUUUUAAAGCUUUAUUACUAUCGUCAAUGAAUAUUUUGCAUUGUUUUAUUAAUGCAUUUAUUAUCGUUGAAAUUUGUACACAGCCCUACAUCUGUAGAGCUCAAGGCAGUUCACAAUAUAAUAUAUAAACUGCUUAGAGAUUAUUAUUAUUUGAUUAAGCGGUAUAUAAAUCUUGCUAAGUAAAUGAAAUAAAGAAAUAGCAAAAACACACUCUUCACCUGGUCACAGUUCUUCCCACUAUGAAGAUGUACUGUAAUUCUGUUUACAUUUGCAUAGUUCUUUCUAAAUUUGCAUCUAUAAAUAUACAUUAGCAUAUGCAACUUGUACAGAAACCCAUUCUCUUCUGUGGUGAUCAGUGUAGGAUUUACGUAUAAUCAAAACAAGCUAUAGCUUAGGGCCCCACACUCUUGGGGGCCCCAAAAAAAUUUAGAGGGAAAAAAAAUCUGGGUGUACAUUUCCAAAAUAUAAGAUAAAAAACAAAAAAAUAAAACCUACAUACAACAACAGUGUUUUGUGUUGUGUAGGCUCCUAUGAUGUAAGUAAUGGGCCCCGCCUACUAGCCUGCUCCCUAAAAUAUCACUGGUUUGCUCAUUUUUAAUAUACUUCUUCUUAAUUGUAUUUCAGUUCAACAAUUACUUUGAUAAAAUACAUAUUUUGUUACGUGCAAAUGGCUUUAGUUACCUAUUAGGUCCAUAAAUUACCAAAUAGCAUAUAUUCAACACAAAAAACAGCAACAACUUGUUGUUGACAAAGGACAGUCGGGCAUAUAAAGGGCCCCAUUACCUUCAGUAGCUUAGGGCCUCAUCAAACCUAAAUCUGGCCUGGUGGUGAUGCUGAUUAUGGGCUUCCUACGGGCAUGUGGUUGGCUGUUGUGAGAACAGGAAGCUGGACUAGACAAGCCGUUGUUCUUAUGUUCUUCUGUGUAAGGGGCAUCCUAGCCAAUGUGGAUAAGCAACUGCUUUUCUUUGUCUUGGUUUUUCCCAGACAUCCCGUUAUCUGGACCUUCUCAGAGCUUGGCUGCAGAGUUUGCCAAAGCUGCAGAACAGUUGAAGAAGGAAUCUGUGGAUAUCCGAUUUGGCAAAGUGGAUGUGACCGAUCAGAAAGACUUAAAAAAGGAAUUCGGCAUCUUGGAAUAUCCGACCCUGAAGUUUUUUGUAGACGGUGACAGGAAAAACCCCGUUGAUUGCAGAGGUAAACCCAUACGCAGCUGCAAAUAUGCCUGUUUGCUCACAAGGGGGAGCUUGUGCCCAGCUCUCAAGCAUACAACGGAAUCGUUUCAAAACUUAAUAAAUUUGAGCACAUGCAAGAGUGUUGAAUAAGGACAGGGGCAUUUAGGGCUGGGUGGAAUGGGGUGGGAGGGAGACAGUUUCACAAAACACUUCACCCCCCACAAAAUAUGCCCACUGCAUUGGGAACAGUUGGGUUGUGUGUGUCUAUGAAAUGGGAUGAAAGUGCUCACUUUUCAUAGCAGGAACAUAAAUCUUUGCUCACAAAAAGCACACUCUGAACAUGUCGUCUGCCAGCAUCACCAGAUGCCAGCAUACUCCAGAGAUGGGGAAUUCCUGGCCCUUCGGAGGUUGUUAGUGUUGGAAUGAGGAGAGGGGGGAAUGAAACAGAGUGGCUGCAAUCGCCAUACCGCAACAUUUUGUUGCCGGGUCUCAUUUGGUCAAAUCUUUAAAAACCGCUGUAGAUCACACAGGGCCCCCGGACGUUUGACGGUCUAUUGACCCUGUGCCACCACUGUGAUUGCUUUUUCCGCUGCCACCACCCCAUUUCUUACAGGGACACACGGAGUCCAGACAGUUGUUAACAUAAACAAAUAAUCAAGUUUAUUUUUAAGUGCAGGAACAAGCUUGUGGUUUCAGUUAGUUUUUCUUGACAGUUUCUUAAUCUUAGUUCCUAACAACUUCAAACUGAUUAUCCCCAACUAUCUAUCUGACUCCACCUAACAAUUCCUCUCACUCUCUCACAAUACAACUCUACCAACCCACACCUAAUCCUUCCCUCUUCAACUCCGAAACCUCAACUGACUUUCAAAACCUCCCACUCUAACUUUUACUCCCCCCUUGCAUUCCCACUGGCCAAUCACAUUCUCACUCAUUUAACCCUUUCCUAAUGACCCACCUAGGAGGUAAACGCCACAACCGCUUUCAACUUAAGCAGAUGGAUUUUCAGGAGUUAAAACUUUGGAUCCCUUCCCACUGGGGAAAGCUCAGUUUCAGCACUGAACAGCUCAUGUACCGCUUCUCAGCACCUUUUUAUUUCCCCUUUUGUUUAGCGGGAAAACAUACAGGUUUUGCUUCUGACACCUAAUUCAAUUAGGCAGACUGCUCAAUAAGCUGUGGAAUGAUCCCGAAAUCAUUCUGGAUUAAAUUGCUAGUCGAUAUUUUGUGCAGGGUUGGGCUAAACGGUGUUUUCCAGAUUUGCCAUGUAAAUCACAUCAGGACGUGCUCUUUUCAGGGUUUUCUUUAAGUAAUAAUAAUAAAAAGGAGAGUGGCUUGACCUGAACAAACCUGAACAGACGCGGAAGCUGGUGAUUAGGCAGCUAAUUGGCAGCACAUCCAAUUACACAGGAAAGGCACAAUUGUGCAUUAGUUAAGCCAGGAAUGGGGAACCUAUUUCAGCCCAAGGAUCACGUUUCCUACUGGGCAAUCUUCUGUGGGACACAUGCCAUGCCAGUGGUGGGAGGAGUCAGAGUUAAAAGUGGGCGGAGCAGUGAAUGUGAAUAUUUACAUUUAGACUCAUUUCUACACCCCUCUCUCCCUAUCUUUCAUCCAGGCAACCAAUAGGCACUGUUACAGUUCAGUGACAUAUUCCAGCCAGGCAAAAACACUCAGGUCCUGUUUUGCACCCUUGUGAGAGGUGGGACAAUGCUGAGGGUCAGAUAGAGCGAUCUUUAGGGCCGCAUUCAGACUCCUGGUCUGAGGUUCCCCACUCCUCAGUUAAACUCUCUUAAAGUGCUCUGUUUGGAUGUGUGAAAGGGCAAGUCGGGACAUGUGGGGCAUUGGGCCCCAUCUGGACCACACAUUUAAAGCACUCACAUGCCACUUUAAACAGCCAUGACUGCCCCAAAGAAUCCUGGGAAUUGUAGUUUGUGAAGGGUCCUGAGGAUUAUAAGGAGAUCCACUAUUCACCUCACAGAACUACAUUUACUAGUGUCCUGUGGGAAAGAGGGAUUGAUUGUUUAAAGAUUCUGGUAAUUGUAUCGUUCCUGCUGAUAAACCUGUUGAUUCUUCUUCUUCUUUUCUUCUCUUUUUAACAGGAGUUAGAGAAGCUUCUGCCUUCAUUACAUGGGUCAGGAGACAAAUAGGACUCAGUACUGUACUUCUUAAUAGCACAGACCAGGCCAAAACCUUCAUAGACUCCGAUGAUUUGGUGGUGAUUGGCUUUUUUAAGGUAAACUAUUGUGGAUGGGAAUUAAUGUGAUGCAGCAGCAAAAAGAGCUAAUGCAAUUCCAGGCUGCAUUUACAGAGGUGUAGUGUUCAGACCAAGGGAAGUAACAGUACCUUGGUCAGACCCCACCUGGAGUACCAUGAAAUUUAGCAAAACAAACAAACAAACACAUAACAUCUGAGGUCCUAAACUGCAGCUGACUGAGCCUGCGUGCAAAUUCAUCCCUGAGUUGCCUGUCGAGUCCUGUUGUUGAUGUGCAACUCUUAGAUGAUUUUAAGGGAGGCUUAGACAAAUUCAUGAAAGAUGGGGCUAUCAGUGGCUAUGAACCGUGAAGGCGAUACUCUGCCUCCACAGUCAAAGGCAGAAAUGCUUCUGAAUACCAGUUGCUGGACAGAGGGCUCUUGUGGGUUUCCUACACACACCUGGUUGGCCAAUGUGGGAACAGGAUGGUGUAGUAGAUAGGCCACUGGACUGACCCAGCAGGGCUUCUCUUAUGUUUUUUCCCCUUCCCCCCCUCCCAUAUACAGAGCCUUCAAGGUGGAGCUGUGGAGGUUUUCUAUGAUUCUGCAAGAGAUGUCCCUGAACUUCCGUUUGGAGUAACAGCCAGCGAAGAGGUUUUUGCUGACUUUGGCAUCAGAGAAGACAUGGUGGUUGUGUUCCAAAAGGUAUUAUUAACACGUGUAUCUUAUAUACUAAUGUUAAACUCAUUCUCCAGUGGGAUCCCUAUGUAGCAGAAACAGUGCAGAAAUACAUUAUAUGUAUAAAAAGCUGUAAGGGAACAGGGACAGGCCAGCAGCUUUUGGCUCUCCUCUCCUUGAACAAUGUGGUGUAGUGAUUAAGAGCAGUGGACUCAUAAUCUGGUGAACCGGGUUCGCUUCCUCGCUCCUCCACAUGCAGCUGCUGGGUGACCUUGGGCUAGUCACACUUCCCUGAAGUCUCUCAGCCUCACUCACCUCACAAAGUGUUUAUUGUGGGGGAGGAAGGGAAAGGAGAUUGUUAGCCGCUUUGAGACUCCUUAGGGUAGUGAUAAAGCGGGAUAUCAAAUCCAAACUCUUCUUCUUCUUAUUCCUUCCAGCUGCUUGUUACAAGAACUCCAUUAUGGUCUUAGUGUCUGGACUUGUUGUUUUCCUUCAAACUCCCAAUUUCCUUUCCUUUUGUGCUAUGUCUUUUAUAUUUGAAGCCUGGGGUGAUAUUUUGUGAUCUACUCACAGAGCCUUUUUCUUUGCUGGAGUGAAAUGCUUCAACUAAAUAGCUGGAUAAAAUGAGAGCAGUGCAACUUUUUCACAUUAGUGGAAAUGGCCACUGCUAUCUGUCAUGUGAUUAAACACAGCCAUUAUGCUUAGACCGAUGGAAAAAUGUUGCGGCUCUUUCAAAAAAUGAGGUGACUGUGUUUGAUGGACAUUGUAGUCCAGGACACCCUAGGGCUUCAGACAUGGGACAUUCCAAGCCCCAGCUGGAGAGGCCAAGGAUUAAAACUGGGACCUUCUGCACACAAAGCAGAUGGUUAGAGAAAGCUGCUUUAUCAAAGAAUUGUAGAGUUGGAAGGGAUCCCGAGGGUCAUCUAGUCCAACCCCCUGCAAUGCAGGAAUCCUAGCCCCAGCCAUCCCUGGGUGGGCUCGAACCACCAACCUUCUGGUUAACAGCCAGACACACUGACUCAUUGCGCCACAGGAGGGCAGCCAUUUUUCAAACAUCAUUUCUCGAAAGGCACAAGGCAGCAACUGAAUCCAAUGAUUCGCCCUCCCCAUGUGAAUGUUAACAGGGAAUGUGGCCUGCUUUAUUGUUAAAUCGAAUAUUUCUUCUGCUCCAGGGAAAGCCCGUUCAUAAUGAAGCAUCCGAAGAAGGCAAACUGAACAAAGUGGACCUUACUGGAUUAAUAAAAACAUUCACCAUGGAUUUAGUCAUAGAGUAUAAUCUUGAGGUGAGCUUGGUGCUGCCUGAGUGGUUGGAGUCUCAGAUAAGGACUGGGGAGACCUGAGUUUGGGUCUCCACUUGAUCAUUAGGCUCCCUGGAUGAUCCGGGGCCAUUCUCUAUGGCUGAGGGAACACUGAGAUGAGUGGGUCUGUGCCCCAUUUGCCCUAAUAGCCCAGACUUCUCUGCUCAGCUCAAUACAGUGGUACCUCAGGUUAAGAACUUAAUUUGUUCCGGAGGUCUGUUCUUAACCUGAAACUGUUCUUAACCUGAAGCACCACUUUAGCUAAUAGUGCCUCCUUCUGCUGCUGCGCCGCCGGAGCACGAUUUCUGUUAUCAUCCUGAAGCAAAGUUCUUAACCUGAAGUACUAUUUCUGGGUUAGCAAAGUUUGUAACCUGAAGCGUAUGUAACCUGAAGCAUAUAUAACCUGAGGUACCACUGUAUUCUCUACAGCAGGGAUGUGAGCUGCUUCUAUCUCCCUCUCCUAGUAAAUGCUCCAGCUCCCAAUUACAGUGGUACCUCUGGUUAAGUACUUAAUUCGUUCCGGAGGUCUGUUCUUAACCUGAAACUGUUCUUAACCUGAAGCACCACUUUAGCUAAUGGGCCUCCUGCUGCCGCCGCACCGCCGGAGCACAAUUUCUGCUCUCAUCCUGAAGCAAAGUUCUUAAUCUGAGGUACUAUUUUUGGGUUAGCGGAGUCUGUAACCUGAAGCGUAUGUAACCUGAGGUACCACUGUACUAGAAUAUCUGCAACAAGAAACUUUGAAAUGGUCCCACAGACUUGCUGUCUCUGAACGGGGCAGUAAAGAAUACAGGUUCAUUCAUUUCAUCAGGUCUACUCUAAGUAGGGCUUAGCUGACUACAACCCUCAGUCUCUUUCUGGAUUGUGACCUUCGUUGCCAGGCUUCUGUGAGAGAGCUCUGAUGUUUUGUUUUCCAGACAUCUGUGAAGAUUUUUGACGUGCCCGUUGAAAAUCACAUCGUUCUCUUCAUGGCCAAGAGCGCUGACAUGUUUGGCUCAGCUUAUGACAAUUAUACAUCUGCUGCCUCAGAAUUCAGAGGGAAGGUUAGUAUAAUGUCGCUUUCUGGAGUUCUCCUGGAUUGCAAAUAUUGGAUGUCAGAGUGCUGAGGACACUGUAGAUGUUUGCUUUCCUGGGAUCGUCUCGCAAGCCUAGGUUCAAAUGCAGUUCCAAAGGCAGUCAGUAAGUGACGGACUGGGGGCGAGCAGCCGUGCAAUAUGAGAAAUAGCCCCAGUCAUAUAGUUGUUUAAAGGUUUGACAUCUGACAGGAGGUUGUUCCACAGGGCGGGUGCCACUACUGAGAAGGCCCUCUGCUUGGUUCCCUGUGGUAGAUAUUUUAUUCAUUUAUUUACACAUUUAUAACUUGCACUUUCAUACAAAUAUAUCAAGGAAAUAUACAACAAAAAGCAUCCAUAAAGAUAUCAUUUUAAAUAUGCAUGUUAAAGUUUUUUCUACAGUCAAACAGUAUAUUUUUUAUGAAAUAAAUAAAUAAAUUAUUGUUAUUGUUAUUUGAAUUUCUAUACUGCCUUUCACUUGAGGGUCACAGAGCAGUUAUAAAAUAAAAUAAAAUAAAAUAAAAAUCAGUCUUCAAGCACCGUCUAGGACAGCUAUUUUGAGGCCCCAAAUGCUGUUGGAUUACAAGGCCCACUGUCCCCAGACAGCAUAGCCAAUGGUCAGGGAUGAUGGGAGUUAUAAUCAGAACAAUAUCUGGGGGCCCAAGGUGGGAAACUGUUCUGGGAUGUAAGGGGGGUAGAUAUAUUUCUUGCUUCUUUCAUUCUUCAGAUUAUGUUCAUCUUUGUGGAUACUGAUGAAACCAGAAAUGGCCGUGUGAUUGAGUACUUCCGGGUAACAGAGGUAGAAGUCCCUUCUGUUCAAAUCCUGAACUUGACAAGUAAUGUCAAGUACAAGAUGCCUGCAGAUGAAGUGACCCCGGAGAAUCUACGAAACUUCUGCCGGAACUACUUAGAAGGAAAAGCAAAGGUGAGCUUUUGGGAUGGAAGCAAACAGGGUCACGCUUUUCAUUUGGUAUACCAUGGCAAACAAUUUGUCGGUUUCAUUGGUCUGGCUCCUAUCGAGCCUCACAAGUGCAUCAAUUGCUUUUUUUGCUGUGUUUUAUUAAUGUGCAUGUAUAGUUUAAGUUAAACCACUCUAGAAAUUGUAAUGUUGAUGGCAGCUGAUGAUCGGUGGGUUCUUUGGCUGGCAGCCAAAGGGAGCCUGUAAAAUGCAGGCUUUUUUCUCUAUCACCCACCUGGGGAGAAAAUGCUUCGCCAACCCUAUGAUCAACGCUCCCUACAGCACUGAGUGUAGGGCUAGCAAUGCCCUUUGUGCUGUGGUUCCCAGGCAUUCACCCACCAGCAAUAAUAGUGCCAUGUCAAAUUUGGCCCACGAGGCUGAUCCUGAUAAGGAUUUGGUUUGUGGAGCCAAAACAGUUCCCCACCAUUGCACUAAACCCUGCUGUCUUUUAGCUAUAGUCUGGUAAUUUUUCUUUGCAGUUUCCUUCAGAGUUGCCUUACUUCUUUUUAAAAAAUGCUGUUAUUUGUUGGUUGGUAGGUUUCAAAGCCACUUCCGCCUUAAGGAGGAGGUGGGGUUGUGGGCACUCAGGACCCCUUCAUGUGUGCAGGGGUGUGGUCAGCCCUGCGUGAUUGGGGAGAUUCCCAUUUGUGUCACAGCCCAGACGACCAAUCUGAUUUGUCUGGGGGUGUGGCCUGCUUGAUUUAAGCAAGACGCAGUAGGAAGCUCUUCCCUUUUCGUGCUUCCAGCUGCUCCGGUUUUCCCACCCUCCCACCCUUUAGAUUUUAUCAUCUCUUUUGACCUUGCUAUGGACUUUGGUUGGUCGCUGUUGAGGAGCCUGGUAAGACUUUUCGACUUGGCAAAUUGGCACCAGCUACUUGGUUUUCUCCUACCUCAUAGCAAAUCAUCACAACUUUGUAAGGUUUGGUGGUUAGACAUUGGAAUAUUGCUGGAGAAGAGGGGAGGGGAGGUAGCGCCAUCACCUCCCCCGCACAUUGAAGGGUAUUCCAUUAAAGGAUUCUGGAGGCGUUGCCCUGUCCGAAGCCUGGAGAGGCUAGGGCCUAAGGCAUGACCCCUAUUGGUGACCCUGGGGGAGCUCCUAGUUGAUGUGCAUCCGCAGGACUCCCCCUGUUGGUGGUUAACCCUUCCCGUUCUCCCUGCAGACGGGCAGGAGUCAGAUAUGGUUAGGUCCAAUGCCUAAGCCAAUACCGCUCACAAUAUGUAACCAAUACAAUUGUGGCCUUUUUUAGCCCAUUAACCUAAAAUACUGCUGUCAAGUGUCUUUAUUCAACCGGGGGGGGGGGGGGAGUCGGGACCUUGCCACGUAACAAGCCUUUUCCAGACAUGUACUUUUAAUAUGUACAUUUGUCUUUAAUAUCUGCUGAGUUUAUCUCUGUCUUGAUCAUUUUAUUAUGUCUGUUGUUUUUAAAGUCUGUCUUGCUUUUGCUCUUUUUAAUCAAUAUUGCAUGCCACGUUAUGUGAACUGCCUAUAUAUUUUGAUGAAGUGGUAUAUAAAUCUUGAUAAGGAACUAUAUAAAUCCUCAGCCAGAGUUUGAGAUGAGUGGAAUGCCAGGUGGAGACAGGGUUCAAUAAUAUUUGGGAUAUUGCUAGUUCAGAACGACUAACUGGGCUCAGAAGAAUUGCAGAUGGGGUUAUAAAAGAAAACACCUUUGAUGAAACCUUGUUUCCCUUUUUUUCAUAUAUAAGAGGGAAAGAAAGUAAAGUUCUUCCACCAGCCUCACAACCCUUUCUAUGGAGAACCUGUAUGGCCUGCCAAUGUUUUGUUGUUGUUGUUGCUGUUUAGUCGUUUAGUCGUCUCCGACUCUUUGUGACCCCAUGGACCAGAGCACGCCAGGCACUUCUGUCUUCCACUGUCUCCCGCAGUUUGGUCAAACUCAUGCUGGUAGCUUCGAGAACACUAUCCAACCAUCUCAUCCUCUGUCGUCCCCUUCUCCUUGUGCCCUCCAUCUUCUUCUUCUCAUGAGGUGGCCAAAGUAUUGAAGCCUCACCUUCACGAUCUAUCCUUCCAGUGAGCACUCAGGGCUGAUUUCCUUAAGAAUUGAGAGGUUUGAUCUUCUUGCAGUCCAUGGGACUCUCAAGAGUCUCCUCCAGCACCAUAAUUCAAAAGCAUCAAUUCUUCGGUGAUCAGCCUUCUUUAUGGUCCAGCUCUCACUUCCAUACAUCACUACUGGGAAAACCAUAGCUUUUACUAUACGGACCUUUGUUGGCAAGGUGAUGUCUCUACUUUGUUUUAAAACCAAUGUUUUAAAACCAUGUAAAUUGAUGUCAUGGUUUUGAUGCUUUGUUCUUUGCUGUGACUGCAUUGUAUAGUGCAUUUUUGUUUAAGAUGAGUGGGAUGCCAGACAUAUUGAAUCAGAAGAUGUUGAGGGAACAGAGUAGAAGGAAAUCCACUCCCUAUUCCGUACAUGGUUGGGGAAGGUGCCUUACAACAAGGAAGGGACAUAGCUCAGUAGCUGAGUAUUAGUCUUGUAUGCAGAGGUUCAAUCCCCAGAUUCAAUCCCUACCAUCUCCAGGGAGAGCUUGGAGAGAACUCUGCCUGAAACCCUGGUGAGCUGCUGCUAGUCAGGGUAGACAAUACUGGACUAGAUGGAGCGAAGGUCGACUCAGAAUUUCACCAAGGGCCAUGGAGUGAUAGAGCAUCUAUUUUGUACACAGAUGGUCUCAGGGCGAGUCCUCGGUAUCUCCCAGUAAGUCUGGGAAUGUCCUCUGCCUGAAAUACUAUAGGUCAGCCUUUCUCAACCUGUGGGUCCCCAGAUGUUGUUGAACUACAACUCCCAUCACCCCUAGUUAGCAAGGCCAGAGCUCAGGGAUGAUGGGAGUUGUAGUCCAACAACAUCUGGGGAACCACAGGUUGAGAACCGCUGCUAUAGAUGGACCCAUGGCUUGACUCGGUAUAAAAUAUCAUCCUAUGUCCCUGAGAUUUUGACAAAUUGCUCUACUGUAGUGAGUAGUUCUGCUCUCCUGCUAUGGGACAAAACAGACAGCUGGUAAUUAAAGUGAAAGGGAACAUGUGGCCAGCCAGAUAAGCCUCACCAAGGACUUUUAGCAAAGAGAGCCACUUAACCACCCAGCACAGCUUCAAAGAUGAGCCCCUGUUGACAUCCAUCCUUAUCUCUUUCCCCCUUAUUAGCCACAUAAAUCCAGCGAGGAAAUCCAAGAAGGCUGGGAUAAGAAGCCGGUGAAAGUACUGGUUGGGAGCAACUUUGACCGGGUUGUAUUUAAUAAGAAGAACCACGUGUUUGUCCUGUUCUGUGAGUAUCACUUGCGCUUCUGAAGAGGAGACUCUGGUUGAUGAGCUCUCACAGGGAAAGAAUUACUUGAUUUGAUUGAAGACAGCAGCAGAGUGGCACACUGAGCUGAUAUGGAGUUGGCGGGUGAUGUUCAAGCAAAUGCUGCUAGUUUAAACUUGCCUGCAGCGGAAACAGUUUUCACUCCCAUAGCGCACAUUUCAUGCACACUUGGACCACUUUAACAGUCAUGGAGGAUCCUGGGAAUUGUAAUUUGUUUAGGCUGCUGACCUCACAGAGCUACAAUCCCAGCACCUUUAGCAAACUACAGUUCCCAGGAUUCCCCUUUGAAAGUUUUUUUAAAAAUUUAAAAAAACUUGCCAGUGCAUCCCAAUACCUCUCUUUUGUUUCUCAGUAGUCUAACUUCGCGGGUGGCGCUGUGAGUUAAACCCCAGAGCCUAGGACUUGCCAAUCAGAAGGUCGGCGGUUUAAAUCCCCACGACGGGGUGAGCUCCCAUUGUUUGGUCCCUGCUUCUGCCAACCUAGCAAUUUGAAAGCACGUCAAAGUGCAAGUAGAUAAAUAGGUACCGCUCUGGCAGGAAGGUAAACGGCAUUUCCAUGAGCUGCUCUGGUUUCACCAGAAUCGGCUUAGUCAUGCUGGCCACAUGAUCCGGAAGCUGUACGCCGGCUCCCUCAGCCAAUAAAGUGAGAUGAGCGCCGCAACCCCAGAGUCGGCCAUGACUGGACCUAAUGGUCAGGGGUCCCUUUACCUUUACAUUUAGUCUAACUUUGGCUACAGUUCUGUCAGCACUCACUAGCUGACUACACCAUUAGAAGGUGUUAUAAGUUCCAGGACCAUCACUAUUUAUUUAUUUUGAAAUGGCAUAUUCUUGGUUUUCUAUCCCAGAUGCACCCUGGUCUCGCGACUGCCAAAAACUGCUACCUGUAUGGGACGAAUUUGGCAAGUUGUAUGAAAGCCGGAAAAACGUUGUCAUUGCCAAAAUAGACUUCACGGCAAAUGACAUUCUGUUAAUCAACCUGGAACGGUACCCGUUCUUCAGGUACUUUCCUGCAGGAUCUGAAACGGAGGUGAGAUGUUUUCCACCCUCACUGGGUACUUAUGGGUAAUGGAUGUCUUGUGAUGAAAUAGGAGGGGUGGAUGCAAUUCUAGCAGCAAGCAGGGGUGUUCUGUGGACUCAAAAGCAAAGGAAAACUACAUUUCUUGCUGUUAUCAUGCGUGAAUCAUGGAGAAACAGACACACACAUCUGCAGAAAGAUAGGGGAGUAGCAACACUUUCCAAUUACAUUUGUGGGUGUGUCAGAGCUAGGGUUGCCAUAUGUCUGGAAUUUCCUGGAAAUAUCUGGAAUACUGUUGUCCGGGAAAAUCCAUGUCAACCUAUGUCAAAGCUCGCCAGUGUGGUGUAGUGGUUAAGAGCGGUGGACUCGUAAUCUGGUGAACCGGGUUCGUGUCUCCGCUCCUCCACAUGCAGCUGCUGGGUGACCUUGGGCUAGUCACACUUCUCUCUGAAGUCUCUCAGCCUCACUCACCUCACAGAGUGUUUGUUGUGGGGGAGGAAGGGAAAGGAGAUUGUUAGCCGCUUUGAGACUCCUUGGAUAUCAAAUCCAAACUCUUCUUCUUCUUCUUCUUCAACAACUUCUCUGUCUGGAUUUUCACAGUUUGGCAGCCCUAGUCAGAGCACACCCACUGGUGUGAAUUAAAUUUAGCUGGCAGAUCGGUCAAAAAGCUACGGUUCCAUAAUGCAGCAGGUAUUGCAAUGUGAAAAGCAUUAGGAAACAGGACAGAAGCACUAGCAUUAUAUCCAGGAAAUGAAUUCAGCAUUCCCUCACAUCUGAAUGGGCACUUAAUAUCUCAAGCAAUGCUUGAAACGUUUCUGGGUGCAACAGAAACUUCUGGCGCCUUCUUCCCGAUUAUGUUUCAGACCCACCAUUCUCUUGUGCUUUUCAAAAAAAACAACAACCAUGGAAUUAGUCUUACAACAAAGGAGGUCACAAAUAAUAAAAAAUACAUCAAACAAAUGGGUGUGCGCCACCAUUUGGAUGGAUAAUCUAACUGAAGUGAGAACAUCACCUCUGGAGCCAAGUAAUUCAAUUCAAUGGCACUCUUUUAUAAUUAAGACAUUACUCAGGUUUUCAUUUUCCCCCCUCCUCUCUCCCCCUAUUCCCCACACAUAAAUUACAUUCAAAGACAUUUGUCCUCAUUUAAUCUCUUAGGAAGGUACUCUGCUGCUGUGUGUGCAUGCCCAGAUUCUAAUGAACCAAAGAGGGAGCCCUGAGCAUUUAGGUGGCGUAAAAAUGUGUCUGUUUACAGAAGCCUGGGGCAUUUGGUUCUUUUUGGAAUAUAAAUGCAUUUCCUUUUCUUGUUUUGCAUUGCUCCUGGCCUGAUGUGUUUUCACCCUCUAGGAAUACUAAUUGAGAAGGUUGGCAGCUGGGAUGUGUUGCCAUUAGUUCUCUCAAUUGGCCAUGCACUGGAAUAAAAUAAUCAAAUCACAGAUUUGGAGGGUGGGGGCAGGACUUGUAUGCCACUGGGUCCAAUUUCCUGCUUGAUGCUGGCAGUCCAGAGUAGAGAUGUAAAAUUUCCGGAAAUUUUGAAGCCAUGAGGAAAAAACGUUUCCCACCGGGGAAAAAAGGAAAUUUUGGAAAAAAAAUUAAGUGUGGAGUAGUUUUACAAAUUGUGUGAAACACAGUGUAGAUAAAAAUAUUAUGCUUGCAAUAAAACAGGUAACCACCCCCUUUCCCUCAAAAGCAAGGAAAAAAGCAAGAAACCAUCAACAUAAAAAAUAAUCAGAUUUGCCCCUUAGCACCAACAGCAAAUAAAGUUAAGGUCCACCUCAAUAUUUAAGCUCCAUAAAAGGUCUACAGGUUUUUCCAGUUUUUUCCCCAAAGCCAUUUUUUUCCAGGAAAAAUUGGGGGGGGGAAUAGUGUGUGGAAUAUUCAAACUAUAUCAAACUUUUUUUUUCAUUUUUUCCAGAAAAAGGGGCUGGGGGGAAAAUGGGGGGAAACCCUGGUCCCCCCCCCCAAUUUCCCCAGGUUUUUCCCAGGCCUUCCCAUCUCUAGUCCAGAGUGAGAGCAUCCCCAUCAAAUUGAUGUCCAGUCUGUUUGAAUAUUACUAGUGUAAAAGAGCCCCUCUCCUCCCCAAUCAAUAAUUGGUUUCAUUAUUGAACUGCUCCUGCCAUCAAAACAAUUAUCAUAAUGUUUAACCAAAACUUAGCCUGUAACUUAAAACUGAAUAACAACAACAACAACCAUAAUCUACCAUAUAUUUUGGAAAGUUGUUUGUCUCUUUGUUCUCUAGGCAUUUGGACACCUCUUAAGAUAUUGUAAGCAGUUUUCUUCAUGGUAGUUCUUCAGAUCAAAGAGCAGGUUUUUGUCUAAGUUCAGAUUCACUUGGAUGCCAUUUUGAAUCAAGAUGGCAGACUGAACUUUUCAAAACUGCACUGACUUUAACCCCUGAUUUCAACUGUGCGCUGAUAUUUUCGGUUUCUUGGAAUUCCCGAGCAAUGCCAGGCACUUUCUGCUAUUUUAAUUUAUGUACUGCUUUUUGCCAAAUUGGCUUCUCAACAGUUUACAAAAUAUAUAUAUAUAAAACCAGGUCCACAAAUAUUAAAAUAUUGUGGUACCUCAGGUUAAGUACUUAAUUCGUUCUGGAGGUCCGUUCUUAACCUGAAACUGUUCUUAACCUGAAGCACCACUUUAGCUAAUGGGGCCUCCUGCUGCCGCUGCGCUGCUGGAGCAUGAUUUCUAUUCUCAUCCUGAAGCAAAGUUCUUAACCCAAGGUACUAUUUCUGGAUUAGUGGAGUCUGUAACCUGAAGCGUAUGUAACCUGACGUACCACUGUAGAAACAUUCAACAUUAAAAUAUGAAAUAAAAAACAAUCCCAUUAAUUAAAACAGAAGGUUCAGGUUGAGAUCUCAAGGCAAAUGUCUUCAAAAGCCAGCAGAAUGCCAAUAUGGAUUGGGACCUUCAUAAGCAUUGGAACAAUGGGCUGUAUCCAGCUAAGUCCUACUUCGAGCAAAAUUCAUAAACCAAAGUUAGUAAUGUGCAUUAACUUCAAUGAGUCUACUCCAAGUAUACAACCCAAUAUCUGUCUUAAAGGAUAUCUGUAGGGCAAGCAUGUACCAAGCAUGUUGCCCUAAGAGUUCACAAAAUAACAGACAAUUCACUGUUCCAUUCACCUCUCCCCCCUGUUUUUUCCUCCUCAAAGGUUGUCCCAUAUAAAGGCGAGCACAAUCUCAAUGCUUUUGCUAAAUUCUUAGAAGAACAAAUUAAGGCAAGAAAGAAGGUAAGGUAUACAUUUAUGUUUAAAGGUGGUUUUAGGAUUGUCUUGCACACAAUGGAUUCAUGUACCCAUGCCUGAGGAAUCCUGUCUUUGUGGAUUCACAAUGCAAAAUUACCUGAUCCACACUUCUUGGGCUAAUGUGUGGCUCAGAACCUAUAGCACAGUCCUAAGCAUGUUGGUGCUGUGGGUUAAACCACAGAGCCUAGGACUUGCCGAUCAGAAGGUCAGUGGUUCGAAUCCCCGCGACGGGGUGAGUUCCCAUUGCUCGGUCCCUGCUCCUGCCAACCUAGCAGUUUGAAAGCACGUCAAAGUGCAAGUAGAUAAAUAGGUACCGCUCCGGCGGGAAGGUAAACGGCGUUUCUGUGCGCUGCUCUGGUUUGCCAGAAGCGGCUUUGUCAUGCUGGCCACAUGACCCGGAAGCUGUACGCCAGCUCCCUCGGCCAAUAAAGCGAGAUGAGCGCUGCUAAUGGUCAGGGGUCCCUUUACCUUUACCUUAAGCAUGUCUACUCAGAAGUAAGACUUCUUGAAUCCAGUGGGGCCCAUGUCCUUCACAGAAGGCCACUGGCCCACCCCCAAGUUGUAAGUCCAGCUUGGCCAGUUUGCUGCUUCUUCUAACGCUAACUUGUUAUGAAGAGGCUUUGUUGCAUAACUUACUUUUUUAUAUGAUUGUUUAUCAGGACUCAUCCAAAGCCAAGAAAGAAGACCCUGAAAAGGAGAAGGAAAGAACUGUGCAAAAGGAAGAGCUGUAGGUUUUCCUUAAAGCACAGAUAACAUUGAUUUUUGAAGGAUGGUAGAGUUGUUUACAAGAAUCUUGACCUGAUCAUGGGGAUUUGGGAAGGUAUUCAAACAAAUAAAGACAAGAGAAAGAAAUACACU